AUGGCGAACGGUGGGAGUGGUCUUUCUGAUAAGGGGGCCGGUGAUCACCGCAUAAGCGCAAUUUACUCAUCAGACCUGCGCCGCGCGCUGGAGACGGCCGAGAUUGCGGCUGCGCCGCUCGGCGUUGCCGUGACGCCGGACGCAUCGCUGCGGGAGCGGCACCUGGGCGUGUUGGAGGGGUUGACGAGAGAGGAGGCGGCGGCGCAGCAGCCGGCGGCGUGGAGGGCGCUGCGCUGCGGCGGAGCCACAGCACGCAUAGCAGGCGGCGGCGAAAGCAUCGCGGAUCUCAGCGCGCGCGUCGUGGCCGGGAUUGAGGCCAUAGCAGCUCGCCAUCCUGGGGAGACAGUAGCGGUGUUCACACAUGGCGGCGUGCUGGCUGCAUGCUACCACCAUGCAGUCGGGCACCCCUUCCCAGGGAAGUUGGUGAAUUGCGCAGUCAAUAGGGUGAGAAUAGAGGGGAGCAAGUGGGCGGUGGUAGAGUGGGGCGGUACUGAACACUUGCAGGGUACGGGUUAUCAGCAGGAAGCGUUCGGGGGCAGCAAGACCACUGGGUGA